AUCUCGUUGGACACAGAUUUCAAGUUCGCUAUCUCACGCGGGUAGAUGAAAGAGAAAAAAAACCGAUUCAUGAACCGAGACCCGAGUCCACUAUUCCACUGUGUUCUCGCAAAUGACGCGAGCUGCUCUUUAACAAUUCUAUCAGGCAACUUUGUCGCUAAAGUCGUACAGGAGACUGGUGUUCACGGAGUCGUUCGAUCGCGCGUAACUUUCUUUUCGUGAAAAUUACGUAUCACGGUUUUUUUGGUUUCUCUAAUCCAAUCGCUCAGAUACUGAAUAUGCAGUAGUCAAACUUGAGUCAGGAGAACUCGCCGCUGAAAUUUCGGAACUCGAAGUAACUCGUAAAUAACAGGGAUUAAUUAACCUUCGACAUGUCGGCGUCCGAAACAGCGGUGAUUUUCGCGAAGUUGGAAGCUUUAAAAGACAUUAGGUCAAAAACUCUUCAGUUGGAGAAGCUGAAACAGAGAAUUUUGCAAGAAGUGGAGCAGACAGAGCAAGAGGAGAAAUGUUUGUUAGAAUACAAGCAAGAAAUGGAUCUGUUAAUGCAGGAGAAAAUGGCACACGUAGAGGAGCUGCGCCAGAUACAUGCAGAUAUCAAUGCAAUGGAAUCAGUGAUCAAGCAAGCAGAGGAAGCACGUAACAGAGCGAGGGAAACUGCAAAACUGAUUCAUAAUAAUGAUUAUCAACCACUGAAGCAUGACAUUGACCGUAUGCGCAGGGAAUUUUUGGGUUUGGAAAGGUUACCAGAGUUGUAUGAGACCGAAUCGGAUCUUAUCUCUCCUGAACGGUUUGUUCAUAGCUAUUUUGAACGUCCGAUGCAAAAAGCAGAAUGGAGAGUUGAUGUACGGGGUGACGACUUGUUACCACCACUCGGGCUACAUCAUCCUGGCCAUCCAGGUGGUUCUACACCUUUCCUUGCUCCACAACCGCUUCAGGGGCCAAGUAAACCAGAGCCCAGACCAUUACCACCAGCCCCAGGGCCACCCGCUCCAACAUUCAGGUACCACUGGCAACAACCACCACCUAUGAAGUCCUGCCUUUCGUGCCAUCAACAAAUUCAUAGGAAUGCACCAAUUUGUCCACUCUGUAAAGCAAAAUCGCGUUCGCGUAAUCCUAAGAAACCAAAGAAGAAAGAUUAAUUGUGAUUAUAAAAUAAUUUGUAGAGAUGUGCGAACUAUUCAAUUAUAAAUCGAAUCUCGAAUCAGGUAAAACUUUAUUCGAUUUUGAAUCUCUACGAUUCGAAUCCAUAUUAUUAAAAAAUUUCGAAUCUUAAAGUUUCAAAUAUGAGUUACAUGACAAUCUUAUACAAUCAUAAUUGAAAUGACUUUUUAUAUCAGUAUUAUUUUUUUACAAAGAAAUCUUUUUUAUUUAUCUGUGUAUUAAGAUUAAAUCGAACAAUAAAUGUUAAGUUAUAUUUCAACUUUGAUUUAAUAAAAAAAAUCUCGUGAUUCGCACAUCUCUAAUAUUUGUAUGAAUAAUCUGCAUUUCUACCAAUUCAUCAAGGAGACAUAUAUUAAUCAUUUUUGUAAUCCAUAGUAACCAUGCACUUUUAUCGUAUUAUUAGCAUUUAUAAGUGAUAGCACAGCAUUUAUAAAAAUCUAUGUGUUUAUAUGUGUCAAUUUUUUGAUUUUUUUUAAAUUAAAGGUUUUAUUGUAUUCAUGUUGCAAGUAUGUAAGAAGAAAUAUAAGAAAUGAUAGUAAAAUAAUUUCUACUAUAAUAGAGAAAUAAAAAAUUUAACAUUUGA